CUUUCGGGUAAAUUUGAAAAAUCCACAAAACCUGUUGUCGUCAUAAACACCUCUCCUCCUCAGUCCUCACAAAACCGCUGAAAAUCAAUAAGUAAAAGCUCUGCACACAAUAAUAAAGCAAUCUGGAUUUUGUCGACGCUAAAACCAACCAACCCUUUUUAUCUGAACUUUCUUUAAUAAGCCUUUGGCCAUUUUUCAUUUGACUCCUUCAAACUGAAAUCUUUCAAAAACCCCAUGUUUGUAUGUAUCCUUUUGUAGCCUCUCAUAAUCCACUUCCCAACUGCCAUUGAUUCUUAUCAACAUUUUUUGCUCUCCGUUUCAGUGGUUUUGUUGUCCCUGUUGUUAUUUUUAUGUAAUAUAAACAGUGUUUUCUCCUUUUAUUCUGUGUGAUAAAGUUCACCCUGUCUGAACAUAUAAAAGAUACAAUUUUUUUGUUCUUCAAUGGAGUUGUUUCUUGCUAGACGGGCCUCAAGAAGUGCAAAUUUGGCGAAAAGAUUAAUUUUUGCAAGUGUUUGUGCUGUUUUGCUUUGUACAUCGGCCUCUCAACUCCUGCCUGCAGAUGAAGUUCAAAUUCUUCAAACUAUAUCGUCGAGGCUGAACAACACUCACUGGAAUCUUAGUCGAAAUUCCUGCAAUGAACCUACUGCUUUUAACACAACCUAUUGGCGCAGAGUUGUAGAGAGCAUUGUGGUUUGUGACUGUAGCUUUAAUAACGGCUCUGUUUGCCAUGUAACAAACAUCCAAUUGAGGGGAUUCAAUUUGACUGGACCGUUGCCUGAGGCGUUUGUAAACCUUACUCAUCUGGUUGAGAUAGAUCUCACCCGGAAUUACAUUAAUGGAUCAAUUCCUGCUAUAUUUGGCCAGCUUCGUCUUACCUCUCUCUCACUUCUUGGAAAUCGUUUAAGUGGCCCAAUCCCGGCCGAAAUUGGUAACAUUGCCACUUUGGAAUCGCUGGUUUUGGAAGAUAAUCUGCUCGAAGGAAAUCUACCGGCAAGCCUCGGAAAUUUGCGCAAUUUGAAUAGGCUCCUGCUUUCAGCCAAUCAUUUUAAUGGAACGAUACCAUCAACAUUCGUCAAUUUAAGGAACUUGACAGAUUUUCGUAUUGAUGGGAGUACGCUAUCUGGGAGAAUACCUGAAUUUAUUGGAAACUGGACCAGACUUACUAGAUUAGACCUGCAAGGCACCUCAAUGGAGGGACCGAUUCCCGCCAGAAUAUCCGAAUUGAGAUUCUUGCUAGAAUUUUGGAAUUCUAGGAUAAUGUUUUCAGUGAACACUUUUAUGGUUAACAGGAGGAUCUCCGAUCUUAGAGGACGAAGCAUGAGUUUUCCGAAUUUGCAGGAAAUGGCAUCCUUGGAGCGCUUGAUGUUAAAAAACUGCUCGAUUGUCGGUUCAAUUCCACCAUACUUGGGAAGCAUGGUUAACCUUAGUACUCUGGACCUCAGUUUCAACAUGUUGGAUGGAACAAUCCCAGUCACAUUGCAAAAUCUGCCGAGACUGCGUUUUAUGUUUUUAUCUCACAACUCAAUAACUGGGGAAGUUCCAGGUUGGAUCUUGAGCAGUAGCCAUAAUUUUGAUUUAUCUUACAACAACUUCACUCAUUCCCGUCCGGUUGGUUGCCAGUUCUCAACCAUAAUCGAAUGGUGCCUGAGGCGUGACCUCCCUUGUCCCACUAGAGCCAACCGCCACUCGUUCUUCGUAAAUUGCGGUGGAGGAAGAACAAGAUUCGAGGAUAACGAGUAUGACGAGAACCUUAGCAAUCUUGGCCCAUCACAUUUCGAAUGGAACGACAGGUGGGCUUAUAGCAGCACGGGCACAUAUAUGGGGGAAGAGAAUGCACCGUACAGAGUUGGAAAUGACUCGUUAAUGAUAGAUGCAAAUACUGAUCUUUACCAAACGGCCCGUCUUGCCCCAUCGUCGAUAAAAUAUUACGGGCUUUGCUUGCGACAGGGUAGCUAUAGAGUUCGUCUCUAUUUUGCCGAAAUAAUGUAUUUUGAUAACGCGACUUAUAGCAAUCUCGGGAGGAGAGUAUUCGAUGUCGCUAUUCAAGGUCGUGUAGUUUUGCCGGACUUCGAUAUCGCUCGGGCAGCUAAUGGUGUUAGGAGAGGGAUAUAUCGGGAAUUUGAUGUUGAUGUAAAUGGGAGUACUUUAGAGAUCCAUUUGUACUGGACUGGACAGGGAACAACGGCUAUACCCAUCAGAGGUAUAUACGGGCCGUUGAUAUCCGCAAUAGCCGUGACACCAAGUGAGUGGUGUUUCUAUGGUGUUUUAUCCGAUGGUACAGUAAUUGCAGUUAAGCAGCUCUCGUCUAAGUCGAAACAAGGAAAUCGAGAAUUUGUUAACGAGAUAGGCAUGAUAUCCGCCUUGCAACAUCCAAACCUCGUAAAGCUUUUCGGCUGUUGCAUAGAAGGAAAUCAGUUGCUUUUAAUUUACGAGUACCUGGAGAAUAACUGUCUCGCGCGAGCACUUUUCGGCCGUGAAGAACAAAGAUUAAACCUCAACUGGUCCACGAGGAAGAAGAUAUGUAUCGGCAUAGCAAAAGGUCUUGCGUAUCUGCAUGAAGAAUCGAGGUUGAAAAUCGUGCAUAGGGAUAUAAAGGCUACUAAUGUUCUUUUGGAUAGAGAUCUAAUUGCUAAGAUAUCCGAUUUUGGUUUAGCUAAGCUCGAUGAAGAAGAGAACACGCACAUUAGCACACGAAUUGCUGGAACUAUUGGUUAUAUGGCUCCCGAGUACGCAAUGAGAGGCUAUUUAACGGACAAAGCAGAUGUCUACAGCUAUGGAAUCGUCUUACUAGAAAUCGUUAGCGGCAAAAGUAACACUAAUUACCGGCCAAAAGAGGAGUUCGUAUAUCUGCUCGACUGGGCUUACGUUCUACAAGAACAAGGGAACCUUCUAGACCUCGUGGACCCCACGCUCGGCUUGGAUUUCUCCAAAGAAGAGGCACUGAAAAUGCUAAACCUAUCGCUACUCUGCGCGAACCCUUCACCGACUUUGAGGCCCACAAUGUCAUCGGUUGUGAGCAUGCUCGAAGGUAAAGCAAAGGUGCAAGCGCCGCUCGUCAAGCGUGGGCCCGCAGGCGAAGAUGUUCGGUUCAAAGCUUUCGAGGUGCUCUCGCAAGAUAGCCAAACGCGAGUCUCGAAGAUUUCUCAGGAUAGCAGUCGGGAGCAAAGGGGUGUGUCGAUGGAUGGGCCGUGGGUCGACUCGUCGGUUUCGCUCGGGAGCAAAGAUGAGAGUGGGGACCACAAGUCGGAUAGGCGGCUUCUGCCGGACCUUUACGACGUGAAUAUGGAUUGA